ACCUCUUUAAACAUCUCGACCCGGCACAUCUCCCUGGACACUUCUCGUCAACACACAGUCGCCAUGUCUAACGCAGAGCUCGCCUCCUCCUACGCAGCCCUCAUCCUCGCUGAUGACGGUGCCGAAAUCACUGCCGACAAGCUCCAGACCCUCAUCAAGGCCGCCAAAAUCGAGGACAUCGAGCCCAUAUGGACACAGCUUUUCGCAAAGGCUCUUGAGGGCAAGGACGUCAAGGACCUUCUUUUGAACGUCGGCUCCGGUGGUGGUGCCGCCCCCGCUGCUGGCGGUGCCGCUGCUGGAGGUGCUGCUGAUGCUGCGGCACCCGCCGAGGAGGAGAAGGAGGAGGAGAAGGAGGAGUCAGACGACGACAUGGGCUUCGGUCUUUUCGACUAAAUGUCUUCUUUCUUCGGUUUCUUUGCCAUUCGCCUUUGCGAGGGGGUUUCAAAAAGGGUCAGCGGUCGGAUCAUGCAUAUUCCCAUUCCUGCGGCAGGUCUGGUCAUUGGCUGCCUGUAACGCUAUCUGGCAUAUCCAAAUUCCUGCGGUGAAUCUA